UGCUUCCACAUCCCAAAGCCGGAGGAGUAACUCAAUCAUGGCGUCUUUGUCAGCUCGGUGGAUCUCUCCCGCUUCAAAUCCUCAGUUCCACCACACCGCGCCAGCCAGACGGCGCUCUGUGGCCUCACUCAUAUGCAAGGCCAAGGACGCCGGCGGUGACGGCGGAGGCAGUGCUGGGACGGUGGAGAUCGCAGCGGCGGCUGGCGCCCUUAUUGCGAACCCAGUUAUCGGAAUCUCCCUCUAUGUUCUGAAGACGACUGGCUGCGGGCUCCCUCCGGGCCCGGGCGGGGCGCUAGGCGCCUUGGAAGGAGUGAGCUACCUGGUAGUUGCGGGCAUAGUGGUCUGGUCGCUCUAUACGAAGGCUCAAACCGGGUCGGGCCUGCCCAGCGGCCCGUUCGGGCUGCUUGGAGCAGCGGAAGGUCUGUCGUAUCUCUCUGUCCUUGCAAUAAUAGUAGUCUUCGGUUUGCAGUUUCUGGAGCGGGGAUACCUUCCGGGCCCCUUACCUGGUGAUCAGUGCUUUGGCUAAGAUUUUGAUUUUUGUUUGCAAUAUUAUUAUUCAUGACGCAAGUCAAAUACAGUUCUUGAUAUAGAUUAUAUUUUGAGCCGUA